AUGUUGAGUUCAACCACACUGCUUUGUGUGCUAGGCCUCGUGGCUCUGGCUUUCUAUAAGGUGAUCCUGGAGCCAUUGACAUUGUCACCAUUGUCGAAGAUUUCAGGACCUAAGCUGUGGGCUCUGACGUCUAUUCGCCUCUCCCUUGAGGACUGGAAAGGCACAAGGACAGUCACGAUCGGCAAAUUACACGAGAAGUACGGCACGGUGGUCAGGAUUGGGCCGCGGGAGGUGUCGUUCAACAGCACGUCCGCCGUGCGUUCAAUAUACGGUGCUGGCUCGGGGUUCGAAAGGCCUCCUUUCUACUAUGGCAUCUUUGAUGUCUAUGGAACCGCAAAUCUCUUUAGUUUCAGGGGUGUCAGACCCCAUUCUGAGAGAAAGCGGCUGCUAGCUCAGGCCUUUUCCAAGGGCGCUAUACUCAAAGGACAUGCCGCUGAGAUGAUCGAAAGGAACGUGACUAACUACUUGCGAUUGAUAGAGAGCCACGGGGGACACAGCGUCGAGACAUUUACAACUCUACACUAUUUCUCUCUGGACACUAUCAGCCACUUCAUCUUUGGCUCCGAUUUUGGGGGCACCAGCUGUCUGACGGGAAACAAGGAACAUCAAGGAUUGCUGGACGACAUAUUUGAUCCUGCUCGUCGAAGGUUGAUCUGGUGUGCUAUGAAUUUUCCCAAGGUCACCACAUGGCUCUACAGUAGGACCAAAACUACGGAGCGCCUGCUAGCCCCUUUCCUGCCCAUGAAGAAGCCCUCAACAUUUACUGGCGUCCGGGUGUACGCUUUCAAUUCCUGGAAAAGAUUCCACGCAGCUUCGGCGGAAUCAAAGCUCUCCCCGACCACGACAAGGUCGAUAAUGGGGCUUCUGUGGAAGCGGCACGAGAGUGUCAAAGGGUCAGAUGGACUCUCAGACAUGGACAUUGCGUCAGAAUGUGCCGACGAGUUUCUUGCAGGAGUCGACACCACAAGUGACAGCGCCAUGUUUCUGAUUUGGGCAUUGUCCAAGCCGGAGAACAAGAGGUUUCAAGAGAGGCUGGCGCAAGAAGUACUUUCGAUUCCACCAGAGGCACUCGAUCAUGACGGCGUGCCAAGGGUUGAAGUGGUUGAUAAGCUCCCAUUCCUCGAUGCGGUCAUCAAAGAGACAUUGAGAAUGUACGCGCCAAUACCAGCAUCCGAGCCGCGAACAAGUCCAGUCGACACCGUUAUAGACGGCUACAAGAUCCCUGCUGGUACUAUAGUCGGAGUCGCGCCAUACUACCUUCACUAUCGAUCCGAUAUAUUUCCCGAUCCGCGGAAAUUCAACCCUGAGCGUUGGCUGCUCGAGAACGACAAGGUUUCUGACGACCAAAUGGCGGAGAUGAAAAGAGCAUACUGGCCCUUCGCAAGCGGCGCAAGAAUGUGUAUAGGUAUGCAUCUGGCCCUGGCCGAGAUCACGACAUUAGUCGCCGCCGUCUACCGAGAAUACGCAACAACGAUUCCAACACAGUUCUUGGACGCCACUCCUGGGAUCACGAGUCGAUUCGAGCUGUUUCAUGACGAACUCCAAUCUCGUGUCCUGGAGCAUACUUCCUACAUUGACUUUACCAAGCGGAGGUAA